GGCAACACAACCCUGGUGCAGCAGUGCGCGCAGUUCCCGCCGCUGCCAGGACUGCUGGCAACCCGCACGGUCAAGAUGGGCAUCGGCGCCCUGUGUGCCAACACCUCAGCCCCCGAAUGCGCUAACUGCAGCAUGAUGUCUUGUGGGGACUACCUGCGUACCUACGCCGACAUCUGCACCCGAACUCCCUACGCGGCCGGCUGUGAGGUCUACACCUACUGGUGCAACGCCUCCCUCGCCUGGGAGCAAUCCGGCAACAGCAGCAUCAGCUACUACUGCCCUCGCAACAGCAGCAACAGCCAGCUGCCUCCCUCAAGCAACCCGCUCAAGCCGCCAUCUCCGUACAGCCCACCGCCGCCUCCCGCAGGGCCCCCGUGCGUGCUGAACUCCUCGCUACCUGAAUGCGUGUCGUACGAGUACCCAGCUGCCAGCAUUGCGGCGGACCUCAACUCGCUGUGCACCUCCAUGCCGUACAUGCCCGGCUGCACCGUCAUGUCCGCAUGCCAGAACGGCACCGCGACCGGCGCCUUCUGCCGCCCCUUCACCCUGCUGAGCAGCAUCUGCUACGACAUGCCGGGCAUGAGCGGCUGCAAGUCCUACCGCACCCUCUGCGCUGCCAAUUCGGUCGUGCCGCAGUGUACCCAGUUCCCAGCCAUUCCAGGCCUGCCCACCACCAAGGCCGCCCGCAGCGCCGUCAGCUCCAUCUGUGCCGCCGUCUCAGCGCCCGAAUGCAGCGCCUGCUCAACGAUGUCAUGCUCGGACUACCUGGC